GACUUAGUUGUGUAGCCCUGCCCUACAAGGUGUGUUCCUCUGUGGGCUCCACCAUCAGCAUCAUCUUCUCUAAGAGAGGAAGCUGCGGUUUUUGUGCUUUCAUUCCGUGCAUGUUAACCUUCAGGGCGCCAUUUAAAGAAGUCCCCCCUCAAACAAAGAACAUGUCUUACGAAGACCAGAAGACGUCAACAUGGAGGACACUAACAUUAAGUGAAAACACACUCUUCGGGAUGGGCAACCCCCUGCUGGACAUUUCUGCUGUGGUCGACAAGGACUUCCUUGAUAAGUACGGCCUGAAGCCCAAUGACCAGAUCCUCGCUGAGGACAAACACAAGGCCUUGUUCGAGGAAAUCGUCAAGAGAAAAGAAGUUGAAUAUCACGCCGGCGGUUCCACGCAGAACUCUAUGAAAAUUGCCCAGUGGAUGAUCCAGAAGCCCCACAAGGUGGCGACCUUCUUCGGCUGCAUUGGCACCGACCGCUUCGGGGAGAUCCUGAAGAAGAAGGCGGAGGAAGCCCACGUGGACGCCCGCUACUACGAGCAAAGCGAGGAGCCCACCGGCACCUGUGCGGCCUGCAUCACCGGCGACAACAGGUCCCUGGUUGCUAACCUGGCUGCAGCCAACUGCUACAAGAAGGAAAAACACCUGGACCUGGACACCAACUGGGAGCUGGCGACCAAAGCCAAGGUCUAUUAUAUAGCGGGCUUCUUCCUCACCGUGUCCGUGGAGUCUAUCCUCAAGGUGGCCAAGCACGCCUCGGAAAGCAACAAAAUCUUCUGCAUGAACCUGUCGGCGCCCUUCAUCUGCCAGUUCUUCAGCGAGGGCCUGAUGCAGGUCAUGCCCUACGUGGACAUCCUGUUCGGUAACGAGACGGAGGCGGCAGCGUUUGGCAAAAAGCUGGGCUUUGAGACGGACGACAUCGGCGAGAUCGCGAGGAAGACCCAGAACCUGCACAAGGAGAACCCGACCAGGCCCAGGAUGGUGGUGUUCACCCAGGGGAAGGACAACACUGUCGCAACCACCGGUGACAAGGUGACCAUGUUCCCUGUUUUGGACAUCGACCAGAACGAUAUCGUGGACACCAACGGUGCUGGAGACGCCUUUGUUGGAGGGUUCCUGUCUGCGUUGGUCCAGGAGCAUCCGCUGGAGGAGUGCAUCCGAGCGGGACACUACGCCGCUAACGUCAUCAUCAGACGAGUGGGAUGCACCUUCCCGGAGAAGCCCGACUUUCACUAGAUCCACCGCAUAGCGUGAUCGCGUACAUGUCCGAGUCAGGAUUUUAUGUUUUUCUACGACACGAUGACCACAAGGGGGCAAAAUAAACAACUUUCUGUACGAUCAUCAGCUUUUUACCGCAGCCUUCAUCUGACUUUAUUUCAACUGUUUGUAUCUUCUUAGCAAUUAAAAUUCAACUGGCUCAUAUCAAACAGUUAAUAAAGCUAAAUUUUUCAAUCCGAUAUUUUUUGUUCGCAGAUCACAGCUCACAAUUUUAUUUGGAUCGUGUUAAAAUUUUGUAUGGUUCUAACUGUACUUGAGAUCUCAACAUGGACUGUCUUUAUUCCCGAGUUUGAUUACCGUAUUUUUCAGACUAUAAGGCGCACUUAAAAUCCUUUCAUUUUCUCAAAACUCGACAGUGCGCCUUAUAACCCGGUGCGGUCUAAUGUACGGCAUAAUUCUGGUUGUGCUUACUGACCUCGAAGCAAUUUUAUUUGGUACAUGGUGCAAUGAUAAGUGUGACCAGUAGAUGGCAGUCACACAUAAGAGAUAUGUGCAGACUGCAAUAUGAUGACAGUAAACAACACCAAAACUUUAAAUGUUCCAUUGAGAAUAUAGAACAUUACACACGGCGCUCAAAAAUCUGUCAAAAUGUUUUUAGUACGACUUUGGUAAGCUAUGAAGCCGCACCACUUGAUGGAUUGUCGACGCAUGAAACACGAGUAUUAUUAUGGUGUGUGUAUGACAGUGGUUCUUAACCUGGGUUCGAUCGAACCCUAGGGGUUCGGUGGAGGUCAAGACAAAUCCGACUCAUCUUGUAAAUAAAAACUUCUCCCUAUCGGUGUACUAUGGAUACCCCCGAACAAUGUUCCCUCUAAUUUUCCAUCUGAUUUGCAGGUGUGUAAAUUGUUGUGAGUUCAUGCACUGUGUUGGUUUUGUUCUUUGAACGGUUAAUUUUGUGCACCAGUAAAAAAACAUAUAACUUUGUCUUGAAUUAAAAAAAACAAAAAAAUACAUUUAAUUUUUCACUAAAGAAGGGUUCGGUGAAUGCACAUAUGAAACAGGUAGGGUUCGGUACCCCAAACAAGGUUAAGAACCACUAAUGUAUAAGGACCGCAAAAUGGCACCUAUUAGCAGACAUAUUAUCUGGUGUUUUGUUUUGUUUCGCAAUAUUAUGCAAACCCAACUUUUCUUAUCUUCUGGUACCUACUGAUGUGUAUUUGGGAUCUGCAUAUGUCCUGAAAAUGUGCGCGCGUCCGCCAUUGUAGUCUGUGACGACACCGUAAUCAUAAGCUUCUUUUUUUUUUUACUUCUUAUGGGACAUUCCUCUUCCGCUGUUGCCAUUUCUAAUAUAAAGUAGUGUACCGUAUUUUUCGGAGUAUAAGUCGCACCGGAGUAUAAGUCGCACCUGCCGAAAAUGCAUAAUAAAGAAGGGAAAAAAAACAUAUAUAAGUCGCACUGGAGUAUAAAUCGCAUUUUUUGGGGGAAAUUUAUUUGAUAAAAGCCAACACCAAGAAUAGACAUUUGAAAGGCAAUUUAAAAUAAAUAAAGAAUGAAUAAGUGUACGUUAUAUGAGGCAUAAAUAGCCAACUGAGAACGUGCCUGGUAUGUUGACGUAACAUAUUAUGGUAAGAGUCAUUCAAAUAACUAUAACAUAUAGAACAUGCUAUACGUUUACCAAACAAUCUGUCACUCCUAAUCGCUAAAUCCCAUGAAAUCUUAUACGUCUAGUCCAGGGGUCGGCAACCCGCGGCUCUAGAGCCGCAUGCGGCUCUUUAGCGCCGCCCUAGUCGCUCUCUGGAGCUUUUUCAAAAAUGUAUGAAAAAUGGAAAAAGUUGAGGGGAAAAAAAUAUAUUUUUUGUUUUAAUAUGGUUUCUGUAGGAGGACAAACAUGACACAAACCUCCCUAAUUGUUAUAAAGCACACUGUUUAUAUUAAACAUGCUUCACUGAUUCGAGUAUUUGGCGAGCGCCGUUUUGUCCUACUAAUUUUGGCAGUCCUUGAACUCACCUUAGUUUGUUUACAUGUAUAUCUUUCUGCGACUUUCUAGGACGUGCGUUAUGCCACUUCUUUUUCUGUCUCAUGUUGUCCACCAAACUUUUAACGUUGUGCAUGAAUCCACAAAGGUGAGUUUUGUUGAUGUUAUUGACUUGUGUGGAGUGCUAAUCAGACAUAUUUGGUCACUGCAUGACUGCGAGCUAAUCGAUGCUAACAUGCUAUUUAGGCUAGCUAUAUGUACAUAUUGCAUAAUUAUGCCUCAUUUGUAGCUAUAUUUGAGCUCAUUUAGUUUCCUUUAAGUCAUGUUAAUUCAAUUUAUAUCUCAUGACACACUAUCUGUAUGUAAUAUGGCUUUUAAUUUUUUGCGGCUCCAGACAGAUUUGUUUUUGUAUUUUUGGUCCAAUAAGGCUCUUUCAACAUUUUGGGUUGCCGACCCCUGCUCUAGUCUCUUACGUGAAUGAGAUAAAUAAUAUUAUUUGAUAUUUUACGGUAAUGUGUUAAUCAUCUCACACAUAAGUCGCUCCUGAGUAUAAGUCGCACCCCCGGCCAAACUAUGAAAAAAACUGCGAUUUAUAGUCCGAAAAAUACGGUAACCACCAUUGCAUGUUAUGUAGACCACAAGGAAGUGUUUUACAUUAAAAAAAAAUCAUAAUAUGACCCCUUUAAUGCGCCUUAUAAUCCGGUGCGCCUUUUGUAUAAAAAUAGACCUGACUAGACCCGCUCAUUGGCAGUGCGCCUUUUAAUCCGGUGCGCCCUAUGGUCCGAAAAAUACGGUAAGUUAUUGACAUUUUACCAUAGAUUUAACCACAAUUCUAACUGAUCUCAUAUUAUUGGAUCUUGAUUGUUUUGUUGGACAUCUUUAAUAAAAUAUUUCAGGUCAUGGUCGUCUACCACUUUCAAAGCUGUUACUGAUAUUAUGUAGCUAAUUAA